CUUGGUUUUGAGCUUGUGUCGACGUUGUUCACAUUUCUCUUUUUCGUUUUUCAGAUGGUUGUGUGUCUUCACCUGAAUCAGAUUUUUAAUCAUCAUUCAUUUUCCAGUUGAGGACAACGUCCCUCAGACAGGUGAUCAACAGAGUCCAACUCGUAGCUGAUAAGCAUCCAGAAGUUUGCAAACUUCUCCAGGAGGUCGCAGCCAUUUAGAGCAGAGCUGUCAGUCCAGACUUGACUGACACCUGAGCAGGCAGAACCAGCAGUUUCCUGCAGCUGCAGAGACAACUUCACACGGUGGCCAUGUUGGUUCUGGUCCAGUUACUGAUGAUGAUGAUGAUGGUGAUGAAGAGUGAGGCUGCCUCAGGAGAGAUCAUCACAGUGUCAGCACGAAGCGGUGAGACUGCCCUGCUGCCCCCAGACCAACAGAGAGGGAGAAUGGAGCACAGAUGGGACGUCAGGUGGACUCACCUCCACCUGAUGUUGUCACUGACGAGCAACAUGACGACGGGGCACCACGGACGCUGCGAGCUGCUGAGCGACGGGUCGCUGAGAUUCAGCCCGGUUCACACCCAGGACUCGGGAAAGUACACCAUGCAGGUGUUUGAUCAAAGUGGGAAACGAGUGAUGAAGAGAGAGUUCCUGCUGAGGGUGGAGGAGAGUCGACACACUGACAACACGCCCCUGAUCAGCUGCCUCCUCCUGCUCCCUCUGCUGCCCUUCAUCAUCAUCCUCUUUAUCCUUAGGAGGAGGAGGAGGAGGAGGAGGAUUCAGAGGACCACGGCUGCAGGUCCAGGUGCGAUGGAGGAGAGUGUUUAUGUGUCGAUGCAUGGUCACCAUGGCAACGAGGCCAAAGGUGAGGAGAAGAAGCAGGAGAGGAGAGAGAGAUAUGUUUCCUGUCAUCCUGCUGUUUCCAUGGAAACAUCAAUCACACAGCAGAUGCCUGAGGAGGAAGACAUCUACGUGUGACGACCAAUCAGAACUCACCUGAACGACACAGCUCACCUUUAUUUUCCCUCCACUGGCUGGAGAUAAAUCAGAUGAAUGUCAUGGAUGAUUCAGUCAGAGUUGUAAAGUCUGACACACACACACACACACACAUCAAGACCCAGUGGUAACAAGUGGGGUAAAAACUUCUCUGCCUGCAAAUGGGGGCAAAUAUGUCGCCUAAGAUAAAUGGAUGUGUCUGACUCCUCCUGUUCUUCAUCAUCAUCAUCAUCGCCGUCGUCGUCAUCAUCGUCAUCCUCCUCCUCCUCUUCUUUGUCCAGUUUGUGUCUCUGCAGUGAGACAUGUCCUGGUCUAAUGUGGACAGAUUCCUGUGUAGUUCACUUGUCUUUGGUUCAACAGACAGAAAAAAGACGUUUCCUGGUGUGUGUGUGUGAGUGUGUGUGUGUCUGUGUGUGUGGUGUGUGUGUGUGUGUGUGUGUCUGUGUGUGUGUGUGAGUGUGUGUGUGUCUGUGUG